AUGGCCGUUUCCAAAGACCUUUCCCAUCACCUUUCCGAAGAAGCCCGUUCUCGUAAGAACUCGCCAUUGAAGUCUGCUUUCAAAUAUUACAAGCAACCAGGAAUGACCUUUUUGGGUGGAGGUUUACCUCGUAGUGACUAUUUCCCAUACUCCAAGGUGACGGCAGAAAUUCCUUCUGCUCCGUUUGCGGAAGGUGUGGCUGCUCCCCUCACGGAGUCCAACAAAACUGUGCUCGAAGUCAACAAAGAUGCAAGUUUGAAUGGUGAAAAUGAGAUAGAACUUGCCCGUUCUUUACAAUACGGUUACACCGAAGGUCAACCAGAACUUGUCGAGUUCUUGAAAGAACACACAAAGACUAUCCAUAAGGUGCCAUAUGAUGACUGGUCUGUAAUCUUGUCAAUUGGAAACACCCAAUCGUGGGAUGCUACCUUAAGAACAUUUGCUACUCGUGGUGACUCCAUUCUUGUCGAAGAGUACUCGUUCAGUUCAGCAUUGGAAACUGUCCACGCUCAGGGUAUCAACACGAUUCCAGUAGCUAUGGAUGCUGAGGGAAUCUUGCCAGAAGCAUUGGAGAAAAUGUUGGAUCAAUGGGUUGGUCCUAAGCCAAAACUCUUGUACACUAUUUCCACCGGUCAAAACCCUACAGGAUCUUGUUUGAGUGCCGACCGUAGACGCGCUGUCUACAAGUUGGCUCAGAAACACGAUUUUAUCAUUGUUGAGGAUGAACCCUACUACUUUUUGCAAAUGGAGACAUACACCACCGAUAAGGCCCAACGUGCUUCUAGACACGUUCACAGCCACGAGGAGUUUGUCAAAGCUUUGGUACCUUCUUUCCUUUCCAUGGAUACAGAAGGUAGAGUCAUACGUCUUGAUUCUGUUUCCAAGGUUUUGGCACCUGGUCUUAGACUCGGAUGGAUUGUUGGCCAGGAACGUCUUUUGGAAAGAUUUGUGCGUCUUCACGAGGUAUCGAUUCAAUGUCCUUCCGGCCUCAGUCUGUCGCUCAUUAACUCGUUGUUGCAGAAAUGGGGACAAAGCGGCUACAUGGACUGGCUCAUGGGUAUCAGAAGUGAAUAUACCCACAAUAGAGAUGUUGCCAUUGAUGCCGUGAACGAUUUCUUCCCCAAGGAAGUGACCAGCUUCAUUCCUCCCGUUGCUGGUAUGUUUUUCACCGUCACUUUCGAUGCAUCAAAGCAUCCUAAAUUCAAAGAGCUUGAUGAAGAUCCUCUUAAGGUCGAGACUGCAAUUUACAACCAGGGCUUACUGCAGGGUUGUUUGAUGAUUCCUGGCUCGUGGUUCAAAGCCGAUGGUACGUCUAACCCUCCCCAACCACCUCUUCCAGAGAACAAAGAUGCUAAGAAUUUGAUCUUUUUCAGAGGUACUUAUGCUGCGGUUGCGCUUGACGAGUUGCGCAGUGGGUUGGAGAAGUUUGCCAAAGGAGUCAGAGUAGAGUAUGGUUUAGAAUAG